AUGUCACCAUCUGAUUUUUUGGCAAAAGAUCAACAUCAUCCAUCAACUACAAAUCAAAAAAAAGAAAGUUUAAAAUCAGGAAUAGAUUUAUAUAAUCAUGACAUGAAUGGAUUUGAUGAUGCAGAAUUAGAAGAUAUAUUAUCCAAAAUGUCACCGGAAGAAUUAGAAGACCUUAAUUGUGAUUUUGAUCCAGAUAAUUCACUUCUUCCACCAUCUCAACGUUGUCGAGAUCAAACAAAAAAAACUCCAACAGGACCCUUUGAUCGUAACAAAUUAUUAAAAUUUUUAGAGGAAGAGGCAGCAAAAGAAAAAGAUUGGGAAGAGGUGGUGCCUUUUGUUCCAGGAAUUAAAAGGGGAAAAGUAUUUGAGACUAAAGAUGAUGAACCGAAAAAAAUUUCUACUGGAUUAAAUAUUAUUGGAAUUUCAGAAGAAAAUCAAGCAAAAACAGAAACGGACAUUGAGAAAAAGGCAAAAGGAAUGGAAAUGCCAAUUGAAAUUGAUUUAGAUGAAGAUGAUGACGAUGAUGAAGAGGAAGAUACUGAAUUAGCAGAAGCUUUACAUAAAGCACCAGAAAGAGAUUUAGUAGAUUUAGCUGGUAUUUUAGGAAUGCACAAUGUAUUAAAUCAACCCCAAUAUUAUAAUGCUUUAAAAGGAAAAGGGCAAGAUGAUGGAACAGGAACAUCAUUUGGUAGUGUAAUAAGAGGUUUUGAACCUAGAAUUGUUCAAGAUGAACCUGAAAAUCAAACUAAUGUUGAAGAAUGUAUAAAUAAACUUGAAGUUAAUGAUCCUACAAUGAAAGAAGUUAAUAUCAAUAAUAUGAAAAGUAUUUCAAAAGAAAGGUUAAGAUGUUUAAUUGAUAAAGCAAUUAAAAGUGACUACCUUACAAAAUUAUCAAUGGCUAAUACGGCAAUGAGUGAUUCUGAAGCACGUGGUCUGAUUGACUUAUUAGAAACCUCUCCUAGUCUAAAAGUAUUAAACAUUGAGUCGAACUAUAUAACACCAGAAUUAAUGGCGAAAUUAAUUAGAGCAACCCUAAAAAAACAAAUUUUAACAGAAUUUCAUGCAGAAAAUCAAAGAGCAUCAAUUUUAGGAAAUCAAAUAGAAAUGGAUAUAAUGAUGAAUAUUGAAGAAAAUGAUUCACUUCUUAGAGUAGGAUUGGGUUUCCAAAGUAUGGAAGCAAGACAUAGAGUUUCAGAAGCUCUUGAAAGGAAUUAUGAAAGAUUGCGAUUAAUGAGAUUAGAAAAAAAAUAA